UGGCACAAUGAUCUUGAUCAUAUACAAUAAACAAACACAUCUGGUCUGCCUACAAAUUAACAUCUGUAUCACUGUCACUGUUAGAGCUGUUUACUGUGUCACCUCUGUUGCUAAUUUUGUCAGCGUCACACCUCCUAUAAAUAAUGUCAGUCAAGUGUUAUCACAAGAGCACUUUCUGAAUGACAAAGAACAAGAGAGGAUUAAACACAGAUAUAAUUGUUAGAAAAGAAGAAGAGAAAGGUCCUGAGAAUGGAAUCUCAGUGGGGUAAAAUCCUUGUGCUGCUUGGCAUUUUCUGUUUCUUUCCUUACAUGUCAGCUCAGACGUCUGUACCCACCAAUGUAUCAAGAGCUUUAGAUAUCUGGAAUAUUGUUUCUAAAAUAAUUAAGGACAUAAUUAACAUAAUAGACCAAAUUAUAUCACCUCCUACUACAGCACCACCAACAGUAACAUAUACGACUGUGACAAAAGCCACGAAUCCACCUUCCAGUACCGGCACUGAAAAUUCUACUGUUCUCACCUCUAAAACAUCUCUGCAGUCCACAACAGAGACACCCACAACCUUUUCCACUGAGCACUCUACUGCAACUGUACUCACCUCUGAAACAUCUACACAGUCCACAGCAGAGACACCCACAACCUUAUCCACUGAGCACUCUAAUACAACUGCACUCACCUCUGAAACAUCGAAUUGGUCCACAACAAAGAUACCCACAACCUUAUCCACUGAGCACUCUACUACAACUGUAAUCACCCCUAAAACAUCUACACAGUCCACAACAACCUUAUCCACUGAGCACUCUAUUACAACUGUAAUCACCCCUAAAAUAUCUACACAGUCCACAUCAAAGAUAACCACAACCUUACCCACUGAGCAAUCUACUACAACUGCGCUCACCUCUGAAACAUCUACGCAGUCCACAACAGAAACACCCACGACCUUAUCCACUGAGCACUCUACUACAACUGUAAUCACACCUAAAACAUCUAUACAGUCCACAACAAAGAUACCCACAAACUUAUCCACUGAGCACUCUACUGCAACUGAAAUCACCCUUAAAACAUCUACACAGUCCACAACAGAAAUUCCAAGAUCUUCUUUCACUGAGCAUUCUAGUAAAACAGCACUCACCUCUGAUACAUCCACUUCUCAGUCUACUAAAAGUGGACCCACUUCUAACACCAUUACACAGUCCUCUACCAUGUCAUCCAUUAAUCAGUCUACUAAGACAAGUACAUGGUCCACAACAGCACCAUCCACCUCAUCACCAACAAACACUAAACCAAGUACAGAGCCAACAACAUAUCAACCUACUACCUCAAAGUCAUCUGUGCAGACAACAACACCGAUACCUGUCAAUACAACGACUAAAAUACCAACAACCUCUGCUACUUGGCCAGUUGGAAGUUGUCUAAAUGGUGGUUAUUAUAAAGAAAACCGCUGUGUAUGUAUAAGUGAAAUCUUCUACGGGCCCAACUGUGAAUUCAUUGUGAGUGAGAUCAAAAAAAAAACGGUCAUUGUCAAAGUAACAGUUGAGGUUUACAUAAAUGAAACUUUUUAUCCAGAUCUGGAGAACAACAAAAGCAGCAAAUACCAACUGUACAAAAAUAAUUUUCUGAAUCAGAUGACCAAGAUUUAUGAAAAACUGAAUAGACCUUCAACAAUCCACUUAUCAUUUUUCCGUGAAGGAAGUGUUGUUGUGAACCAUGAAGUCAGUGCAGAAGUCCCUUUCCUAAAUUCUGAAGAAGAGAAAACAGCCUUAGUAAAUAAUGUGAUAAAUGUUUUAAAAGCAUCAGAAUACCACCUUUGCCCAUACAACACAUCAUUGACUAAUGAAAACUUUUGCUAUGGCCUGCUGGGCGUCAACAAAACAGAAACUGAUCUAUUAGAACUGUGCUUCCCUGCGGAUAUCGAUCCAGAGUUGAUUAAAUAUUAUUAUACUAUAAAUGCAACCACUGAACUCUAUUGUGUUAACAACUGCAGCAGUCUCAUGAUGUAUGAAUAUCAGGUAGACUGCCACCAUGGACAGUGCUCACUAACAAAUCAAGGACCAAUGUGCUACUGUAAUCCAUCAGACCAGUACUGGUACACGGGGGAUCGAUGCCAGACAGGUAUUAGUAAAGCUGGGGUCAUCGCUGGAGUCACUGUCAGCCUGGUUGUCCUACUUAUUAUAAUUGUAAUUCUGGUCUACUUCUCAUAUAGACGUCAACAUCGCACAGACAGAGUGAGAUUGAUAAAACCAGAAUUGCUUUCCUCGAAGUGGAAUGGCCAUGAAAGAAAUCCUAAUGGAAUGACCAGGAAUGAAUCUUUGUAUCCUGCGCAUGUUUUCCCCUGAGGAAGAAUGACAAAGAAUAACAUUCGAAACACGAUAACCACUCCUAGAUCCAAAAUGAUACUUAAUAGUAAGCCUCAGCUGCAAGUCACCAACCUGCAAAAGCCCCCACUGAGGACAUGGAGCUCUUACACUGUGUCCAAUGAAGUCUGGAAAAAACACACUGAUGGAAGUUUAAUGACAUUCCUAGGAAAGGGAAAACGUAUAAGUCAAUAUUUAAAAAAUAUAUAUAUUUCCAGUAUAAAAAAAAGUCCUUCUGACAAAUAUAGAUAAGAAGACUUAUAAAGUGUUUAUAGAGAGUUUUGGUCUAAUGACAUUGUCGUAUAUGCUAAAAGGUAAAAUUUCAGGGUCUAUGUAUCUUUUGUUAUUUGAAUACUAUUUUGUGAAAAAGAAACAUUGCUUGAAACAAUAUAUUUAAAUAUAUAUUAAAUAUGUAAUUUAAAAAUGCACUCCAAAAUUGUUCAGGUAUAUUAUUUAUUAUUAUAUUAUUUAUUAUUUUUCUU